GUUACAAAAAGCCGCAUUACAGUAUAAUUUAUUGAAAAUUCUAUAACCAGACUAUAUUGUGACGUUACCGCGGGAAACAAAACGAAAGUAGAAGUGUAUGUUGUACAAACUGUCAACCAUGACAAUAUAAGAAAUACACAAGCAUGAAAAAAGGUAGGCCUGAAUCUAGGCAGAAAAAGUCUGACCAUACUGAUGGGAAAAUGAGUACAGACUUGAAGAAAAAAAAUGAAACAUCUGAAAAACCUACAACGAAAUUGACAGAUGGUUUAAAAACAGUGGAUUCAGCAACAUCCAUGAUUAAAGCCGGUGAAGUGGAUAGAGAGAAGAGUUCCUUGACCUUAGAAAUAAGAAAAAGUAGUAUGGAGAGAAAGAAGAGUGCUACAGGGAGAAUGAGUACAUGCAGAAUUGGUGGUGUAAGAGGAGACAAAAGCGCUCUGUCGUUACAAAGACAGAAAAGUUCUAUGGGGAGAAAGUUGAGUUCUACCAGAUUGUCAAAUAACUCAAAAAAUGUGAGAAAAUUUGCCGGAAGAAAAAAACGGGACAAGUCCGGUGUGGAUGAUGACGAUGACUUUGACGAGAAGUCCGGAGGCGCAAAACUUUUUGAGGGGAAAAUUUGGGACAAGGAAAUUGAAAAACUAGCCUUGAGGAAGAAAAGAGUUUCUGCGAUGGACAGAGAGAUUGGACUAAAUCAUGUCAAAAUACUUCCCCCUACUCCUACCAUACAAACUGUUGGUGUUAGGAAGAAACGUGUUGAAAAAAAAGCAAAGAUUGCCACAGUGAUGAAACCAGCCGGAAGUGAUGCUGAAAUAAUUCAUCAUUUAUAUAAAGAUAAAGGCCCUCGGUAUGACCAACUUGGUCAUAUUAUACCACAUAGUAUCCUAGGUGAUGUUGAAAGUUUCCUCACACAAUCACAACAAGCCGACAAAGUUUGCAACAUUUUGCUGGUCCAUACCCCACGAUCACAGGCUGUCAGGGGAAGUAAAUCUGUAGAGAAUAACACAUCACUUUACAACCUAUGUGUUAAUCAGAAAAAUGCAUUGAACACAUGGGAAAAUGAGAUGGAGAUAAGGUGUAAAGAGAAGAAUAGACUUGCAGGUUUGUUAAAGUGUGAUGAGACAGAAUUGUUGAUGUGUAGGACUGGGAAAAGAGCUGAUAAAGAGGCUGCGAAUAUUUUACAACGCGGUGACUGGAGAUGUCAUCCUGACAUUUGCUUCUGGAAACUUGCUCAGACAAUCACAGCCGGACAACUUCAUGAAACUUUAUCAAAGUCAGAUAGGGGAGAGUUACCAACACCUGUACUAAGUGGAGAUGCCGAUACAAUACUGCAAGAAAAAAGUAAGGUUCAUAAGGCAGAUUUAUGUACGAGAUUUAGCGGUGACUCUGUUACGAAGAAAAUAGAAUCUGUGAAAGGCAAAAUUCAGAUAACUAACAAAGUGUUAUUUGACAAGUUAUUCCUGCAAGGUGAACCAGUCAAAUCUUCGGAAGAAGCUAUUGGUGAUAACUUAGCGCAAUCAAGAGGUGCACGGCUCUUCAUGGAAAACCGCAUUGACGUGAGUGGUGGAUGUACAGAUGAGAGUGAAGAAGGAAAAAUUGGUGCAUUUUUCAGCAAGUUCUUUGGAACAAGAAGAAUGUCAAAAAGUGUAAGGGAAACACGCGAAAUGAUGAAAUUCAAAGGGAUAUCAGCCGAAGUGGAUGACGAGGUUUGCCGCGGGCAUGAGUCGCAGCCCUAUGAUCGUUCAAAGAGACGAAAGUCUACAUAUGGUGACGUUGUUAUGUCCGAACAAAUUUCGAGGAUGAAUAAGAACAGACCAGUUAUGGAUUUUAGAUUCGUUGGAUUGGAAAAGUGAGGGUGUUGUGUUUUUUUGUAA